GUACUUGAAAGAAAAAAAGAAACUUUGAAAAUUGUUGGAAAUGAGAAAAAAAAAAGUUGCCGUAAACAAAAACAAAGUGUGACUAACAAAAGGAGUACCUUUGGCUCUGCAUAUUACCCACCUGAUAUGGCUAUAGCAAAAAAGAGCCAACUCUCUGGUCAAAUUCUGAUCUGAGACUGAGUAUCUGGGGAAGAAAGCAGCGAACUUUGCCAUUUUAGUGUAAAAAAAGAAAAUUAUAGAUUUGAUCACUUCAGCUGCAGGCCAAAGAAGAAGAAAAUGAUUGCUACUACCGGCAAGGAAGUUGGGAAAUUGAGUGAAACAAAGGUUGGAGCAAAUGAUAAUCUGAGGACAUUGGAGUGUCUGAGAGGAAGAUUAAUAGCAGAAAGACAAGCAUCAAGGGCUGCAAAUGAUGAUGCAGAACUGAUGGGCAUCAAGCUGAUAGAGCUAGAAAAUAAACUGAAACAAGAGAUUAAACUGAGAGAUAAAGCUGAAAAAAAGCUGAAAUUUUUGAGGAAGAAGCUUGAGUCCUUAAAGAUAGCAUUUCCUUUGGAUGAAUCAGAGCAAUCUAGUCCAUCAGAAAACCCUGCACAUUCUUGCCAAUCGUCGACAAGCUCUUCAGGCCUCAAAGACAUGGAAGAAUCUGAAUCCAAGCCGCAGAUCACAACCCCAGAAAUCUCAGAAUCCAUUUCAUCUUAUCAAAGCCAUGGAAGUUCUUCCAUUCAAGAGAAUUCAGUUUCAGAAGAUCCUCCGCAUGAAAUAACAAUACACAAAUCAAGUCCAGUUUGUCAAGAUUCAGAGGCUGAUAAUCACAGCUCUAGAACCAUGAAAACUUCAAAGGAAGCUGGGAAUGAGAGUGAUAAAGAUGAAAAUUAUGUGGAUAACUCAAUGGCAAUAGUUCCAGUGGCUUUCCCAAAGAAAUCCCAGGAGAGAAAUGAACUGAAGAUAAUGAGUGGAAGUGUUAAAGAGGCUCUUGAUGCACUAAGGCUUGCCAGGGAAAGGAUUCAAAAUUCAAUGGAAAGAAGACCUAUGAUUAGAGUUGGGCCUCUUUAAAUUCAUGCAUGGUAAUAGUAAUAAGAAUUUCAUCUUUUAGAUAGUAAAAAAGAAAGAAAGACCUUUGUUCUUUUAGCAUUGAAGCUAAAUGGCCAAGGUAUAGAUAUGGUUAAGGUAAUAUUUGGAUGAACAGAUUGUUGGAUGGGUAAUUAAUAAAAGUUAUAGACUUUGUGCA